CUCCUAACGAGCUGCUUGGAAUCGAGUGGCUGCCAUGCAAGACAGGCUGGGGAUGUGGGGAGGGUGCUGACCUAGCUGCAUCUGUUGCAGUACUUCAGGGUUUGCUUGAAAUAAGGUGAUAAGCAGCAGGAGCACGGCCUUUUUGCUUGCUUGGGAGACAUAGUGUGGGCAGUGGGUGUACAGAUGAGCUUAACUCAGUGGGGCUUAAACUGUGCUGAUUCUCAUGUGUUUUGGGCUAUUAAUGGGAGCAGCAGUACAGUAUGAGGGGAGGGAAGGGUGCCCCAUGAGGGCAGUGCUCAGGGAGGAAGUCACUGUUGAUAAACAACUUCUUUCUUACUUCCUGGCUCAUUCAGUAACCUUGCAGCUGCAGAUGACUGUUAACUUGGGACAGUGGCUGUGUGACUAUAUGAAGUCCCUAUUAUUAAGGUAUAAAGCUUUGUUAAAGUAGGCAGCCAGUGCUGCAUGGUACCCCAGGUGGAAGGUAAAUGCAGUGAAUAAGGCUCUAACUUGGAGUAUACUCUCCUACAGCCCCGUGGUAAAACAGCAGCACUGCAGACACACCAGUAUAUUCAUGAGUACAGGUAUGAUGUUAUGUGAGGCAGCAGGACUUCGGCUGUGCAGUAAAGAAGUCCUGCACUAUGGUGGAGGUAUCCAAGUUGCUAUUCCCCUUGCUUAUGUUGAGCACCAUCCUGUGACACAGCUUUAUAAACCAGCAAAGAUCCACAAGCAGUGGAAUGCUCUGUGUAUCUUUCUGCUGUGCUGCACCAGCAGGCCCUCAGUUGCUGUGCUGUCAGUGCCCUGCUGAAAUCCAGGCAAGGAAUCCUGGUGCUGGACAGGAGCCACGUGCAGGUCAUCUCAGUGCUUUGUUUGUGUGCAGGGAAGUGUAUGCUGACGCGUGCCAAGCUGAAAGAAAUGUGGUGUUUGUUUUCUGAUGGGGAGUUCACCCCUCGUGUGACCUGACAAAACUGUUUUCUGCUGCGUGGGCUGGGUGCUGUGAACAGGGGCUGAGUGCUGGUGCUCCAGGCUGUCUCUUUGUCCCUCCUAAAUGCCCUUUGGCCGGGCCAUCGUGAACACAAAAUGCCAUAUUUCAUGAGCUCAAGCUGCUUACAACAAUGUGUUUUCUUGCUUUUCCUAUUGAGUCACAUGGACUCCUGUUGGCUUCGGAGGGUGGAAAUGCAGUGUCCUCACCUAAGCGUAACCACACUGAAGGCAAAGAUGUCAGAGUAGGAGUUCUGGGCAAUGCUGUCAGCUCUACGAUGGGAACCCAUGGUCUGCUUGGAUUACUGGUAUCAACUUAAGGAAGGAACACAAUGAGACAGCAUGCUGGCGCAGACAUGGGUAGCAUGGAGCACACAGCCUGAUGCAGCCCUCCCAGGAGGGGAUAUAGUAGGGUUAUAGAAUCAUAGAAUGGCCUGGGUUGAAAAGGACCACAAUGAUCAUCUGGUUUCAACCCCCUGCUAUGUGCAGGGUCACCAACCAGCAGACCAGGCUGCCCAGAGCCACAUCCAGCCUGGCCUUGAAUGCCACCAGGGAUGGGGCAUCCGCAGCCUCCUUGGGCAACCUGUUCCAGUGCGUCACCCCCCUCUUGAGUGACCUCUUGGUCAAAAGACCAACUCAGAAAGCUUCAUUCCUAGGGAUACAAAUGGCAAGCUUUCUCAGGUGGACUUCAUUAAGGCUGCCCUCUUCAUUAAGGUGCAGUUUUCCUUAAGAUGAGGAGUCUGGAUGCCAUCCUUUGCCGCUUUCUGCUCAGAAGAGAUGGAUCCAGGCUGUCGGGGCUGCCCCUUGUCUGCAAGUGCUUGGGCCCAUUUGCUCACUCCUAUUCACAAAGUGAAAAUCUGCUAAGGUUCAAAGACUGCUGCAAAAAUAUACAGAAGUUCAGAGGAUUCUGUGAAACAUUAAUUUGAUGGGAAGGGACUGACAGCCUGGCAGACAAUGCUGUUGUGUUUUUUUUUUUUCCUGCUGCUUAUUUCAGAUGCUCGGCUGCAGCUUUUCAAUUUAUAGGUCAGCAGAGCUGAAUUGUGCUCACAGAUUGUUUUUCAGAGAGAAGUAGUACUCGGGUCCAAGAUGCACAUGAUGCCUGAGGUUGAGUGAUGAGUCCUCUGGUGAAGUGCAGAAAUCAAUCAGGGGAAAACAAGAGGAGGGUAUGGAGCACGGCGGCCCUUCCUGUUGAACUGCAGGGCUGCAAAACUUGCGUAGCUGCACGAGACUGAGCUGAAAUGUGCCAACUUUAUCAGGUGUUAGUGCAGAACUGCAGCUUGCUUUGCAUCUCUUGUUGACCAGAGCACAUAGAUGUAUUUUCCUCCUGUUUUGGCAGUUUUUUUUUUAAAGGCACUUCCUGUAAGGUCAGCCACUGCUCUGCAAAUACGAAGUGUUGUAACUUGGUGUAGGUUGUGCUCUGUUGGUUGCCUCAGCUGGCGGUGCUUUCGGCUCUUCUUGAGAAUCCUCAGGAGAGACGGCUUUUCCCAUGUGGAGGCUUCAAGUUGAUGCUGAUACGGCAGUAGAGCUGGGAAGGGAUGAGGUGGAAGAGGAACCCUUCAUUCCUCUAGAAAGCAGGCAGGUUACAGAACGUGGCCUUAUCCCACUCAGCCAUCCAGUUACUUGCCUGCCUUUCUACAAACUAACUCCCAAGCUGUGCAAAUGUUGAUCCUGCAGGGAAUGUCAACCCAUGCAUGCUUCAAACCCCUGAGCACAGGGCCCUGCCUGCUGCUGCUUCACAUGUGACCUCAGUUUGUUUGGCUUUGCAGCCAAUGGUUGGAGAUGACAACGCAGUGCUGGGAUGUGGUUAGUUUGAUGGCAGCAGUGCAGCUGACCCUGGCCUUGACAUCGGUGCUGUCUGUCCGUCCCAAAGCAUCUUCCUGGAACCCCAGGCAGAGGAAGCUGCACCUGUGUUGUGGGGAAUCCCCUACUGAAGCUGCAUGCCCUUGUGCUCCUGGUACCCUAUGGUAUGAGCUGGCACAAACCCUCAGGACUUCUGUACAAAAUCAGACUGGGGGAAGACUAUAAAAACACCACAAAGCUGGUCCAGAGGAAAACCGACAAGGUUCUGUUCUUAUUUAAAGCAAUAGAUGCAAUCAAGGUACUAAUAUUAAGAGGAGCUCAGAUACAUGUUUGGUCUCUUUAACUUCAGUAUACUGCACAUAGAAUCACCAAGGUUGGAAAAGACCUACAGGAUCACCCAGUCCAACCAUCCACCCAUCGCCAAUAGCUCUCAGUAGUUCGCAUACACUGCAGAGCUGUGCACUGGACUUGCUCCUCUGUGCUUCGUCCUUGGAGGGGGGAGGGAGGGUCUGUUUGUGCAUCGAUUGCCUGCAAUUAUAUUAAAAUCUAACAGUUGCAUUAAAAGUGGGUGCUUGAUCUGUUCUGUUGUGUGACUGUUGGGUUCUCUACAUAUACGGAUAGUUUGGUGUGUUGGGAGGAAUAAAGACAUAGAGCCCUUGGUCUUAUUUUCCUGUUUCUGUAAUAUCCCUGCCGUGGGAUCUUCUCAAAGGUCAGGUCCAAAUUCAGCCCCUGAAUGAGGCAGCUUCAUGAGAAGUACUGGAAAUAUCCUCCUUGUCGUUUCCGAUGGCCUUUCAAAUAAAAUGUGAGAAACUAGAUAAUGAAUUACACCCAUUGCUUAUAGUCUGCUGAUAACGUGAAUCGCUGUGGACAGAAGCAGUGAAGUAUGAAUGGGGUGGGUGGAGCAGAGUAGAGAAGAAAGUUCAGGGGGCAGCCAUGUAAGCUUAUCGCUCAGUAGCUGUGGCAGUAGGAAUUAGAUGAGCCAAAAGGGUGGUCAAGAAUUGGCACAGCUGCCCAGGGAGGUGGUGGGGUCACCGUCCUUGGAGGUGUUCACGUCCUGUGGAGAUGUGGCACUGAAGGAAAUGGUCAGUGGGCACGGUGGGGUGGGUCAGCAGUUGGCCCUGCUGAUCUCAGAGGUCUUUUCCAACCUGAAUGAUUCUGCGAUUGUGUUUGCGUUGCAUGUGGUUGACAUAACGUGUUCAAAUCCUCAUCCUGGCUUUGUAUGGUGACAGCCCUCAAGUCAGUUGUUCAGGAGCUCGGUAUUUUAUUGAUACUGAAAUGGAACGUUUGGUUCUUCUGAAGUAGAACGUGAUGGGACUAUGAACAUGCAUGGUAGAAUUCCUGCUCCUCCUCAAAUCAUAGAAUCAUAGAAUCGCUAAGGUUGGAAAAGACCCACAGGAUCAUCCAGUCCAACCAUUUGCCCUUCACCAAUGGUUCUCACUAAACCAUGUCCCUCAACACAACAUCCAAACGCUCUUUGAACGCCACCAGGCUCGGUGACUCCACCACCUCCCUGAAGUUCUUAUUUGCCUGAUUAAAAACCAGGUAUGUGCCUAUAGACUCUGCAGCAUCAGAAGACGUGCAUGUGAUUAUUGAGCCAGCUAGGUUCCGUAAUGUUUCCCUGGUUCUUGCUGUAUUUAAAACCCGAGGAUUUCAGUUUUUGUUAAUAGUGAAACUGCUGUGACAACAGUUUACUUCCAGCCAAGAGGUCCUACAGGUGUACUUUGAUGCAUCUCCUGUUGGGUAGAGCUGAACUUCCAGAUGAAAACUUCAUUUUCAAGAGCACAAAAUAAUCCCGUGCCACUGUUGGUAGCCACGUGUCCUCCUCCAACUCCUUGCACUGGGUCUAUGCACACUAAACACCGUCUCCCUUUCCGAUAAGUGUGCUGACUGUGCUGCAGUCUGAGUGUGCUUGCUCAUGUUUUGCUGGAUUCUGAAUAGAAACUGAUUUGAUAAGAUCACUCCUUAAAAAUUUCCCUGUUCUUUCUCUGACAAGUUAUGCAACCCAAAUUCUGCUAGGACAAAUUCUGUUUUCUCUCCCAUUCCAUGUGGGGAAACUUGAGCUAGCUGUCAAACCUCUUACAAGCCACAGCAAUAAACAUUCACUCUUACGGCUCGCAGUUUUGCUGUUCAGAAGCUCUUUUUGAGCUCCCUCUCUACUCUGUCCCAAUAUGUCAUCCCCCUGAGAUCCAGAAAGCUCUCUUACUCCUUUUUUCCCUCGUGCUUUCUGGCAUGCGAUGCACAAACCAAGCGUUUCGAGGGAUCUGUGUCAGCUGAGAGGCUGCAGUAGGCUUGUGUUCCUGGCAGCUGUGGCUUUUACGACGUACAAAGACUUCAAGUUGAGUGGUGAGUUCUGCUUUCUCCACGUACCAUCUUAUGAAAAGCCAAUGGACCUUUGGAAAUGCUGAAAGUGAAGUUCAGUCUGUUGGUACGACGCGGACAUGGCUUUUUCUGGUGCUGAAGGGUCAGCAACGCCUUCUCUUGUGGUCUGUGCCAUUUUAUUUCUGUGGCAGUCUUCGCCCUCUCCCAAGCAUGUCCUUUGCUGCAUCAGCUGGGAUUACUUGAGCUCUCUCAAAUCCUCCACUGAGGCAUAAAUCCCAUUCUUGUUGUCACGAAGUCGGUGUUUGUUUCCUGGUACGGUCAUAACCUCACUUCCACCAUCUUUCCAUAGGUGGCGAGCAGGAAAGCAUGGAACGUGGUGCAGGUUGUUUGCUCAUUGGAAUAGCAUAGCGUAUAGGUUUUGGCUGAGAUUCAAGUCUUGCUGAGCUUGAGUAUCUGUUUUGAGGUGUUUGUGUGAACCAUCGUUUCAGAUCUGCUUUAUUUCUUCCAUGUAGGUUCUUGAGGAUCGUGUGUAUGAUUUGGGUUUGAAGGGACCCCGAAGUGCCCUGCUUGCCUCCCUUGUUUCCAGCUAACCCUGCAAAUCCCAGUCCUUAAAAGCUGAGCACCAGACAGGUUAAGAAAACUGUCACGUUUCAGAGGUGUGUCUGGAAUGGCAGUAAUGAGUUUAUCCUUCAUCAGGAAGGCUUUGCUGAUGCCUGAGCUUGGAUAGGUUCCUGUUCCCUAAGUAAACAAACGUGCUUCUGAAAACCAUGUCAAUUUAACGCUCGCAUCUUUGCAUUUGGACCUUCUUGCUUACUUCAAGCAGGUCCUUAACAACCUGAAAACCACAUGGCAAGGCCCACAUGCAACCCCAGCUCACCCAUCUCUCUUAAGUCCUUGAGUACCACUUGUUUAUAAAACCUCUUCUGUGCUUGUCCUCCACUGAGCGUGUUAGCAGAGCCUCACUUCAUAGGGCUUUCAGCUCUAUGCUGGGGAGAUGGGGAUUCCGCAGCCAACUGCUAUUCUUCUGACAAAGGUUUGGAAUUGAAGUUGAGCUCCAAACUCUGUUAACAAAAGUAAACAAUCUUUAUUUACACAGCUCCCUGCAAAUAUCACACUUCCCUUAAGCAAGCAGUGAACGUACCUCAGACGCCUUUAUUUUGAUGUUUCAGGCUGCUGGGGCUUCCUGUCUCUUCGACCUAACGUCUGCUCUAGAGCUGUGUGCUGCUAAAUGUUUUCCAGUCCUGAAAGGAAAGAAUGAGUGUUAAGGUUUCCUCUUUGCUGCAGGGGAAGGAAUGUGGAAAAAUAAUAUCCUGCAAGAGAAGUUCCCUGCUUCAAGUUCCUUACCUGUAUAUUCCAUGGCUGUUUGGAUGUGGAGUCUGCGUGCUCCAGCACUGACUGUCAGGGCUGUAUCUUUAUCCUAUGGGUAUCUCAAAAGCUGCAGAAGCUUUGCUGUCUCCUGCUGGGUCUGCACAGGAGUGAGCUCGCCUUCUGCUUUCUGUCCCCUUGAGGGGUUUCUCCAAUUUCACAGAGGAAUCUUGAGAUACUGGUGUCAUCUUGUAUUUGCUUUCUCUGCAGUUCUGUCACUUUUGUCACUUUUUUCCAGCUGUCUUUUUGGCUGUCAUCAAACCUCCGACCUGUUUUCAGAGCGUGCUCGCCAACUUCAAUGCACAGGAUUUGAUGAAAACUGCUCCUGCUCUUUCUACUGGAGGCAGAAUGGAUAGGAUGAGAUGCGAAGCCUUGCUUGCGGUGUUUAAAACUAAAUAGAACCACUUACGCCAGCAGAGCCCAGCAACCUUCCUGCUCUCACUGCUGGUUGUCCCAGCCAGAUGGAAGGCACGCAGUGGUUUGGGUAAGACAGGCAUGCCUGAGCAGCGACUUCGGAACAGCUAUUGAGGUUUUCUGGCAGGCAGAGUGAGCCUCCUGCCAACACCCAGCUACUCUCUUAUGGUAACGAGAUUCUUGCAUUUCAGGGUCUGCUCAGCUGCAUUUGAGUGAGACUGAGGAGCUGUAGGAGUUUGUUCUGAGAUAUUUCUGUUCGUUACAGCCAAGCAAACAGUCUCGUCAGCAGCUCUUCAAACUCAAGGGAAGGCUCUUGGUGUUAGUUCUCACUUCAGGUCCUGGAGAAAUAUCCUAAUACACCUAUGAGCCAUAAAGAAAUUCUUCAAGUUAUCCAGAAAGAAGGACUUAAAGAAAUCAGAAGUGGGACUUCUCCUCUUGCAUGCCUGAAUGCUAUGUUACAUACAAACUCCCGAGGGGAAGAGGGCAUUUUCUAUAAGGUCCCAGGGCGGAUGGGAGUGUACACUCUGAAGAAGGACGUUCCGGAUGGGCUGAAGGAGCUCUCAGAUGGCUCAGAGGAAAGCAGCGAUGCACAGUCCGACUCACAGAGCUCUGAGAACAGCAGCAGCAGCAGCAGCAGCGAUGGAUGCACGAACAAGGAUGGGAGGAAAAGCAGGUGGAAAAGGAAAGUGUCAUCAAGACUGUCACAGACAUCCUCCCCUCAGACAAGCUGCCAGUCACCUUCCAUCCAGACAGGCAAAGUCAUCUCCUCAUCCCAGAAGCACAGCAAGAAGGCACUCAAACAGGCCUUGAAACAGCAGCAGCAGAAGCAGCAGCAGCAGCAAUGCAGAGCAGGCAUGCCGGUGUCCUCUAAUCAGCACACCCUGCUGAAGGCCGUCAAGGCAGCCAGCGCCUCCACACCUACAAAGCCUGCUUGGAUAGGAAAGCAGUCCGAUGGACACUCAAACAGCUCUCAGAACUCCACCUUCAGUUCCUCUGCCUCUGUUAAGCUCGACAACUCCUUGCCAGGGCUGGGCAAGAAGCCGUUCCAGAGAUCUGACAGGCUCCAUGCAAGGCAGCUGAAGAGAACGAAGUGUGCUGAAAUUGACGUGGAAACUCCCGACUCCAUCCUGGUGAACACCAACCUGCGGGCGCUGAUCAACAAGCACACGUUCUCCGUUCUGCCCACAGAGUGCCAGCAGCGCCUGCUGCUGCUGCUGCCAGAGGUGGACAGGCAGGUUGGGGCAGAUGGUUUGAUGAAGCUGAGUGGUUCAGCGUUGAACAACGAGUUCUUCACUUCAGCUGCCCAGGGCUGGAAGGAGAGGUUGUCAGAAGGCGAGUUCACACCAGAAAUGCAGCUAAGAAUACGUCAAGAGAUAGAAAAGGAAAAGAAGGUUGAGCUGUGGAAGGAACAUUUUUUUGAGAGCUACUACGGCCAAAGUUCUGGAUUAAGUCCUGAAGAGUCCGAGAGACUGACAGCCAACACCAGCGCUGAUGAUGGAGAGGCUGAAAAGCCAGCAGCAGAGCAGCCAAAAUGCAUGCAAGUCAAAGAGGAGAUUACUUCUCCAUCAGAGUCUAAAGCACAAGUGGUCCAGGAAGCACCUGCGGUGAAAAAAGGAGAGGAGAGAAGAGUAGAAGAGAGGAGAGAAGAGAUGCAGCCCAAAGCAGCCAAGCCUGCCGAGGCCUCAGUUUCCCCAGCUGGGUGUGCAGUGAAGCCCAGCGACCCCCAAAUCCAAGAGAGAAUCCAAGGAGAACCCAUCCAAGAGAAUCCACAGCCUGCUGUGAGCCAAAAGCUGGAAGAAGAGAGGAAGCAUACUGCAUCAAAGGAAGUGAAGGAGACUGUGCGUGCCCCGGUCUUGGCCCCAAGCAAACCAAAGAGCCCUGAAGCAGGUGAAGCAGCGGCAAAGGUGACGAGUCCAGUGGUCGCCCCACCGACCCCAGAAAAGAAACCCCCUGUAAACGAAGAAAUGGAGGUCAGUGUUGAAGGCCAUAAGAGGAAGUCAGAGAGCAGUGAAGAAGCACUGACCACUCCUGAGAAGAAGCCGCGCAUUGCGGAGAAGUGCCAGCAGCAGCAGCCGGCAUUUCGCAGCCAAACGCAGUCCUUUCCUGCUGCCGGGCCCCCGGUGCCACGAGUGCCCCCGCUCAAGAUUCCUGUUUCCCGAAUCUCCCCCAUGCCAUUUCCUGCGGGCCAGGUCUCUCCCAGGGUACGUUUCCCAGCCUCACUCAUCAGUCCGGCCAGAACAGGGGCCAGAACCUUGGCGGACAUCAAGGCCAAAGCCCAGCAGGUCAGGGCUCAGAGGGCAGCGGCCGCCGCAGCCGCCGCCGCCGCUUCUUCGGGGGGAGCAGUCCCAGGGCCGGGUCCCGGUGGGGGCCCAGCGGGCGGUGGAGGGACGGGUAACGCAGCGACGAGUGGAGCCGGCGAAACUGGAACGCGAGGAAACGCACUGGAACUGGCAGGAACUGGAAGCGGGGGAAGUUCGAGAAGGUUUCUUCCACGCUGCCCAGGGACCCAUUCCCCAAUGGAGACCCAGGAGCAGCCAGCAACCCCCAGUCUUUCUAGAGCACAACUACAGCAAACUUCCAUAUUGCAAUCCAGAAGUGCAGCUGGCAAUACAGGUACCAACUGCUCCUCCCCAGCGGUAUCGGCGAUAGAGCAAAUCAGUGGAAUCAAACAGAGCCCCCCAAACGUGGCUAUAAAUCAGGUUUCGGGCUCCUCGUGUGCUGGUGGCUGUGACAAACAAGAGAAAGCACCUUCUGCUCCAGCAGGUCUCGGCCAGGCCUGCGGGGCAUCAACUGUCAGGGAUGGAACAACUUGUGUCACUGUGUCCUCAGCAGAUAGCAACGCCAACAUCACCAGGGUAGCACCUGCAGCCUUAGGAGGGACCAGCUCGGAUGUCCCCAAAGGCACAUCUCCUUCCCCUCUCAUGCCUUCGCUGACCCCUACUAGCUCGGAAGCGCAGGCUGGAGGUGCGGUGGUGUCAGCUCCAUCUGCCCCAUGCUCCAACACCUUGUCAGCAGCACCUAGCCUUAAAACCCAUCCGAGUUCAAGUGGGGCCCUCCCAAAAGCAAACUCCAGUAUUCCUGCCAACAACCCUUUGGUCACCCAACUUCUUCAAGGCAAGAGCGUCCCUCUGGAGCAAAUCCUGCCGAAGCCUCUCACCAAAGCGGAAAUGAAAACUGUCCCAUUAGCUUCUAAUGAAGAGAAAGGGGCAGCAGUACCCGGUGUAGCAGGCAGUGGUGCUGGAGCUGAGGGUGGUGAAAGGCAGUCAGCGUUAUCCCCGCAGCAGCUCGGGAAGAUCUUUUGCCAGAGCAGGCCUCUGCCUCACAUUCCAAGGACAUUUGUGCUCCCCGCAGGAAAGGAGCCCGGUGCUGACCAGCACCCAGAGGCGCUCAGUAAAACAACGCAGGAGCAGAUCCUUCAGACGCUCAUCAAGAGGGUCCAGAGGCAAAAUUUGCUCCCGGUCCUUCAGCCUUCCCAAGUGAACGUCGCGCACUCAGGUUUCCAGCUAGAAAACAGCUCCACCAGCCAGAGAUUUGUGCUGGGUUUUAUGGGCAGAAGGACAUCCAAACCUGCUAUGUCUGGUCAUUAUCUGCUCAACAUUUCCACCUACGGUCGUGGUUCGGAGAGUUUGAGGAGAGGCUUCUCCUUGAACCCUGAAACCCGCUCGUGUCUGAACAGCCCAGCCGGUGGUCCAAAAGCAGAAUGUGGGGAAUGUGAGGAGAUGCCUGACCAUGGCAGCAGCAGCGAGGAAGAAGAUGCAGACAAUGAGAGCACCGGUGAUGAACACGAGCAUGUCAGCGUAAAAGAGGAGCCCCAGGCUUCCCAGGUGGCUGCUCCAUGUGAAAAAGAACAGGUAUCACAUGGUGCAAAUUCCUCAGAUUACGGCAUCCUUGCUAAAAAGGGCGUGAAGACGGAAGCAGCCGUGUCUCAGCAGGCAGCUGGCAGCAGGGAGAACAGUCAGGCGUUGGACGGAACAGCGUUAGCACGAGAUUUUAUUCAGGCGGCUCAAGAGCAAACGGUGCACGCAGUGAAGGGAAAAACGCACAGCAGCCCUGAGCUCUUCAGCUCUUCCACACCGUCCUCAGACUCUGCACAGCCGCAGCUUCCCCAGCUUUCUCACCCCCACCCUCCGAAGCUGGGAGGAGAUGCUGCAGCAGCACAGCUCAUCGGGCCCAGCUACAGCGGCACAAUAAACGUCUCCACCUCCCCAGACGUGAACCAGGGCUCUCUCAUGAGCGGGCUCUCUGAGUGCAAUCAGUUGUCCAGUAGCAUGGGGAACGUCAUGUCCUUCUCUGUGACUGUGACCACCAUUCCCACCAGCCAAGCCAUGAACUCCGGCAACCACAGCCAGACCAUCCCGGUUCAGGCCUUUGCUGAAGACAGCAGCAUGGAGGACUCCCCUUCCAAGUGUUACUGCAGGUUGAAAGCCAUGAUCAUGUGCAAGGGCUGCGGUGCCUUCUGCCAUGAUGACUGCAUUGGCCCCUCUAAGCUCUGUGUCUCCUGCCUGGUUGUGCGGUAACCAAGACGUGACGUGGGAAGAGGAAGGCUCCGUGUUGGGUUUGCUUUGGAAGUACAUUGGGAAGAAACAGGAAAUUUACUGCCUUGCACAAGAGACACGUUACUGAAUCAGGAAUACAGAGUAGAGUUCUUCUUUCAUUAAAGAAAGAGCACCUUCUUGUACAGUGAGUCUAAAUUGAGCUCAACUACGUGAAUUGUGACAAGAGUUUGCACUUAAGGAAUUAUGUAAAUAUGUCACAUUAUUUUGUUUAAAAAUAUUUUUUCAAUCUUUUAGGAGAUAGUGUUUGACUUGUACUGCAGUUCCAUUAACCGUAGCCUGCUAUCCAGCAUGUUUGCUGAGCUCUGCUCUAGAUGGGGUAAUAAUCCCCCAGCAAAACCUCAGCUGUUGGUCUUCUCUUGGCAAGGAGAGGAGCCAGGCAAUCAAGGCACAACAUGUCUGUGCUGACAGAGCCCCACAGCCCCUCAGUGGGCUGCUGUGUUGCUCUGAACUUCAGUUCAAAUUGGUCAGAACUGGAAGGUGCUGACGUUACACCAGCCUUCAAGAAUCGCCCAUCACCCGUGGCGUGGCCGUUCCCAGAAGGCAUGCUGGGUUGUGCAAUAUUGGCUGGUGGUUUUGAUUGCAUAUCCUCUCCUCUCCAAGGAGUCAGUUGCAGUAACCUUGUUGUAAGGACGGUAGUAUCUUGGUUUGCUGCUGAAAAAGGCAACUAUACUAACCAUAGGAUACCAGAAUUUAAAUCACUAAACCAACUCAGUAACUGUGAUGAUUGGUAAUCCCAGGAACCAUUUAAAGCAGAGAUCACAAAGAUGUGCUGAACUGCAUUUCAUUUCCGGACUGUCAGGACUCGGCAGAAACCUGCUUUAUUAGGCAUUAUUUCAAGUGAGCUGGAAGGUGCCAUCCCCGCCAUUGAGAACCAUCACAGCACAUUAUGCAAGUGAAGUGCACUAAAUGUCACCCUCUGUCCUACUGUUUUCUAGGAAGCUUACUGUGGCUCAUUAAAAACUCCAUGUAGUCAGACUUCUCUCAUUUCUACAGAAGAUUUUAUAUUAAGCUAAGUGUGGAAAACAAGCCUCUUGUUGGGCCUCACUGGUGUCUGGGCAUCUCCAUGUCUUUUGAAAACCAAAUUGCCCUGACUGCUGGUUGCACUCAGUUGUGGCCCGGUGCCGGUGUUCUUAAUCCAUUCUUUCCAAUUAAUCCAAAUUAACAGUUACAAAAAGGUACUAUAUGGUACUCAACGACAAUAAUUUUUGACAGGCUGGCUGAUAGAUCAUACUCCAGUCUGCAUUCUGAUGUAGUGCAACGAGCGUGCAUCGCAUGGAGGAGCUGUAGGUUACUUCUCUAACCAGAAAACGUCAGGUUUGCAUCCAGUCCCAUGUUGUCACUGUUGGGGGAGGGAGGGGGGCCAUACGAGAUCUCGGUCAGGUAACAAAUCUUUUUGAUGGAAAAGCACUGAAUUCACUUUGAAUCCAAAGGCCUUUUUAAGAUGAAGCAAUAUUAACGAAAGAGGUGACGGCUGUUUUAUGAGCUGGGGUCCUAAAGCCUUUUUCCUUCUUUCCAUUGGACUGCACUGCUGCUUUCCCCGUUUCCCACACGUGGGAGCACUGAGUGUUUCUGCAGGAAGCGUAAUGAUAAAGAGAGUUGCAGGCUUAAUCACUUGGCAGAGAAAUAUUUCCUUCCCUGUCCAACAGAGCGUGGUAUCCUCCAACGCAGGAUCAGCACGUCCUGGCAUUUGAUUUGCUCACCAUACGUAGACUGGGGACCCCUGCUUUCUAACUACGCAUCUCUCCUUAGGCGUCCGGUGGCAGAAAGGAUUGAACUAUGAGAAGUACAGUCAGGGGUUCUUUGAAACCACUUAAAUCUCAAAAAUAAUUGCCCCUGGUUGUUCUGUUGUGCUGCACAAGCAUGUGGCCCCAUGGCUUUGGAUGCCCACCAGAGGGACGGCUGCUUCCCUGCUAUGGAAGCUCUGACUUGGCCACGUUGCUGCCCACAUCCCUCCAUCCUUCUCCAAAGGGCAUCUCUGCCAUUGUUAGAAUUCGUAGGGCGCUGUGAAGGGGGGGUCCACGUGGUACCCCAGGCAGAGCAGGAUCUUCCCUUGCCUUGUUAACAAGAGCCCUGAAGGGAAGCAUUACGGCAAUGUGAUCCUCCGUGUGACACAUUGAUUCCCUUCUAAUGCAGAUCCCCCAGCGUAACCCAGCCUGAAGGCUGUAGCUGGUUACAAAAGAAACUGAAAAAGUCAGUUCUGCCUCAAAUAAAAGCCAGGAGGUUUUGCUGGCAAAAGUGGAUCGAUUCUGUUCACGCCUCGACGUUCAUCAGUAACUCUUCAGGGCCAGCCAGGCUGCUCCAGGCUGGGAAGGGGAGGUGCUGAGGGAGCAGCACGCAUUGCUGCCUUGUGUUUGAGCAUCCACACAACAGCUCUCAGCAUUUCCCAAAGCCACCCCCGACUCCCCCUGCAGCUCCACCUCCUCGCUGCCUUUACCUUUUGCAGGCGUCCCUCUGCAGCACACGGUUUGGUUUCUUCAACACAAGUGGCAAUAGGAACCGGGUGGAGCUGGGCCAGGUUUGGACACAGGGUGACCACUGAGAUGUGCAGGGCUGCCAGGCUGGAUGGGAAAUGCGGGCAUCUCAUGCCACGACUUGGAAGUUUACAACUGUUCAGUGCCUUAGUUCUAUUUUAACAGAUGAGCACUUUUCCUGGGCUACUUCUACUCUAUUCCUUUUUCAGAUAGUAAAUUCUUUUAACCGCAUGUCUUUGGUUUUACCAUAUGCUAUGAGCUACUAGGUGGAACCCGACGGAGUGACAUCCACAGGUUUGCAAGAGGGCAUUAAGUAGUCAGGAAAUCAUUAGGAAUAAAAGAGCUCAGUAUAAUAACCAACAGAAGCACAGGUCUGCCUGAAGCCUUGAAAGCUUUGCGUGUUUCACAGUGCUGGUUGUUGAGUAAUGUGUUCUUGAAGGGGACCAUCCUGCAGCCCAUGUAGCAGUGCUCCCUGCUGGCGUCAGCUGUGUUAAACAUAGUUUAAAACAACAGACUUUGGAGCCCAGGUAUUAAAUAAUGGCAUUCUACAGGAAAUGCCAUCGUUUUGCUGGGUAUGGUGCUGAUGGGUUGAUGGUUGGAUUUGAUAUCAUUAGAGGUCUUUUCCAACCGUAAUGAUUUUAUGAUUCUGUAACAAAUAAGAUCUGAUACUAAAUAUUUUACAGAGUCUAAUGUUGGACUCUUUGUGGCAGUAGAAGCAGCUUGAGUAGGAAGAGAUGUUCAGGUUUAUACUUUCCCUCUUGAGCCACAAUCCAAGUCCUGCAGCACGAUAACUAGAAAUAUAAACUGAGCAAUGGAAUUUAACUUUCCAGCGCAAAGAAAACCACCCACCUAGUUCAAGCUGUUUUAAUGGAGGAGCGAAUGCAACUCCACAGACGAGCGAAGGCUGUGGGGUAUGGGUUGGUAGCACAGGGAAGGAAAUCUGUUUGGAAUUCUGAUGCCCUUCUUAAAUCAAAAGGAAAGACCAACAUGCUGAGCAGCUGCAUGGUCAGUGGAGUUGUGUAGUGCACGGUGUUGGGUCACAGCUGGGAGGUGAGCCCUCAGGUUGGGACUGAGGGGGGACCUUCAUGUCCAAGGGCUGCGUCCUGCCCAACAGGAGCUGCCGUGGUCAAGCUGGGUCCUGGCUCUUCUGUGCCAACCAUGCUCAGUCCAGCGGUGGUUUUGAGCUGCUUGGGGGCUGGCACAGAGCUCUGCCACCUCCUGGUGAAGGAAAUCUUGGGUUUUGUUCAGGGAAGUGCCCAGAAGGCCAGUGGUUGCUCUGUGUUGAAUGCUUGAAGCCCUGGAGAGGCUCCUGUCUUCUCCAUGGGAUUAGCUCAGGCUCAGCUGUCCAAAGCCCCCACCAUGCAGUCAUGGCUGAGUCAGCCCAGGAACGUGCUGAGCUCUGCCCAGGGCUUUCAGCUUCCCAGAUCCCAUUGUGGGUGUGCAGGAGGCUGCAGGGAGUCCCUCCAUGGGGUUGGCAGUUCCAUUGGCGCGGCAGCGGAGUCCAACCAGGGGAGCAUCUCAGGCGCGUGCUGCGAUCACAACAUCCGCAGUUCUGUUCCUUAACUGGGGUUGUUUUUUUUUUAAUGCUAUACAUUUGAUAUAACUGAAGAUCAAUUUUAAGAGCUUACAGUAAUAUAUUUUAAGUAAUAUAUAUUUUAGUAUCUGUAAAAAAUAAAAAAAAUAAAGACAAAGGAUGAUUUAUGGACUAGAUGAACAGGGUAUGGAGAGCAUGCAGUUCCUCAGCAAGGCCAUGGAGUUUCACUAGCAGGAGAACUGGAAAGAUUCCGUUUUGUCCAUUGAUGCAAUAAAUGUGGGAGUUCUUAAAGAGAAGAAAUCCAGUACUGUUUACCGCGAGCUUUUCUGGUUUUGACAACAGGCCUGUAAACACAGCUAGAAGAUGCCGAACCUUUGUCUGUCUUUUACCUUUUUAAAAGGGACUUAAAUUGGAAUAGAGGGUAUGUACAGAAAAAUCGAGUUGACACCAUUUUAAAAUGUAUUUUUACACAAAUAAUAUAGAAAAAAUCAUAUUUUACGUAAGAAUUUUAAGUAUUUGAAAUAUGUAUAUAUAUACUGUAUGUACUUCAUAUAUUCUUUAUUUUACAUUUUCAGUGUAUUAAAAAGUAUUUGAGCUGGUUGGAUUUGAGCAUGUAAUAAUGUUAAAAGGGGAAAAAAAGAAAAGAGGGAGGGAGGACACGAGGAGGGAGGCUGCAGGGAAAGCAGGAGUUCAGCACAGAAGGAAUCUGGAAGAGUUUUGCAGCUUCAGAUGGAGUGCACAGAACCUUUUCAGUCCUGCGUCCUGGUGUGUUCCAUUGGUAUCCGUUCCUUUUGCCACCCAGCAGAACCCACGGUGAGGAGACGAGUUGAGGUGGAUCCUUUCCAUAAGCAAUGCUACCUUCAUAGCCAAAGAGACGCACUGGCACAGAAGCUGCUCAACCAAAAGAGAAUCCGAAGUGACUCGGUUUUGCUGUGCCAUUGGAAUGGCGAUCAGUAGCUCCAUUUCUUGUGUGAGCACCUUAGGGUGCUGAUGGAGAAUUCAAACAACAUACCAAAAGUCCAAUGAUUUCAAGGGAGCAGUGUCAAAGCAGAUUGGUCUUGCUGUUUGUAGGAAUUGGGGUGAAAGUCUCGCUGUAGGGGAUGAUACAUCCUUGCAGCUAUUGGGAGCGGAAUGAAUCCAUUUGGCUGCAUUGGAAUGGGAUCCUCAAGAUGUCCCUGGAUGGGAGAGGCCACAGUACUGCCCUAUGGAUACAUCCACCCAGGCUGGAUGUGGCUCUGGGCGGCCUGGUCUGCUGGUUGGCGACCCUGCACAUAGCAGGGGGUUGAAACCAGAUGAUCACUGUGGUCCUUUUCAACCCAGGCCACUCUAUGAUUCUAUGAUAUCAUUCUAUGGGGCAUCCCCUAUGGCAGGGACAAGCAGGGCACUGCAGUGUGUUUUGCAGGCUGGAGAUCUGCAGCCCACACAGCUGCUGGCCCCAGUUCUGCACGCAAAUUUGCUAUGGAGAUAAGGGUAGAAAUGGCUCCAGAGCAUCCCUGUCUUGUCCCACCUCUGCAAUGCCCAUUUGGGUUAGAUGAAUCUCCAGUGACAUUUAUACUCACUUGUUCCUGCAACUCCUGUAUGUAAACUGGAGGUGAUUAAAAGAAAUCUCUGUCACUGGGAGUUAUGGGGAAGGAAACAAUGUGGGAAAAGAAGAAUGAUUGACAAGUCAGGUUUUAAAGUACAAAUCUGAGAACUGAAAAGGUGGGCAACUGGUGUUUUUAUACCACAUCGGUUGUCAUUGGGAUCUCUUGAAAACAAGAGGAUGGAACCCAGUAUUUUGUCAAAAUUUGCUGUCUGCAUAUUGGUGGGGCUUCCACUCGGAGCAGUUGCACUAUCAGGAAGCCCCACUGGUGGGUGUGCAUAUAGGGGCUGUGCAGAUGUGUGUGCAUCCGUAUAGGUGUGCACAGCUGCGUUGGCCACGUGUAAGUUGCAAGACCAGCUCCACCUCGGCCUUGUGGUGACAUUACACCUUGGGAAGCACCACAGACGUGAGAUGGAAUUAAGGUUGUUUUAUAUUUGUUUUCAUAUUUAAGAUACAUGGGGUAGACAAAAUAUAUACUAGUAACGUGUUUCGAUCUGCUGCACUUUGACAAACAAACAACAUUCCUUACUCCCCUGGUACUGCUGCAUCUCCCGUUCCUCCCUACCCUGAUUUAAACCUUACCAGCCGGUCUCCUGUACCGUUCAGUUAGCAGAUGCUGCAGGGCAUCAGGGCAGGGCUGUCCUCUUAGCCCACCUGCGGCUGCGAUGUGGAAGGUGUUGUCCCAUUGUCUCGAGCAGCAGGGACAGAGGUUCUGGGUACAGUCCUUUAUUGUGUGCCUGGAGGUGUGCAAGGUACACGCCUCCAGCAGCCACCCUCGCUGACGGAUGGUAGCUCCCUUCCUGUGCCCUAAAUCUGUGCAGCCGUGAGCCCUCACCCUACUGCUGUCUGCUUGACAAGUCAAAUUUCAGUUACAAAUCUGGCAAGUGAGUAAAAAAACAAAGGGAUUUGGUAAUGUAAGCUGCAGGCAUUUAAGACUGUGUAGGCCCAUUCCUGCAAAGGAGCAAGACAGCAGGGACAGACGUGGUCCGUCGUGCUGCAGCUGUGCCUCUUGGCCAAGGGUGUUUCCUCAACACGUUGUCACUCAUUUUGCUGUGUAAGCCUCCACCUUAGCUUCCCAGCAGCAUUAAGAGGGAUCAGAGGAGUGCUAAGAACGGCCAGUUUCUAACCUGUCACUUGAAGAUCUGUGCCCAUAGGAGGUAGCACUUGGACAAGCAAAAGCCUGCCCCGUGGCUUCUGUCUUACUGCAGAUUCCGUUCCUUUUCCUCUCACUUCUUUUUGUCAUGUAAAACUACCUGCUUUAUAAAUGAAUGUAAAAUACCGUAGUUCUUCAGCACAUGGGCAACUGUGUAUUUUAUCUUAAUGUCUCAUUUUAUGUUAAAUAAAAGGCGUAUGAUUUUA